AUGGCUACUCUUACACGAGUCAAGACGCGUGUCGAGCCUGAGCCUUUAGUGGACCUCGACUCGCACAUCCCAACGCCCUUUCCUCGAGAGCAACUUAUUCAGCAAAACAGUGUAGAACAGAGUAAACAAACGGAGGAUUCAGAAGCGUCUCCAUGUGAGGCAGGGCCUUCUAUCACUGUCGAACCACCGGCGGUCAGUGAAAGCGUAUCUAUUAAAGAUGUCAUGCCAUCCAUCUUCCAUGUUCAAAAAUCAUGCUUAAUGACUUUAAACAACCUUCUCUCUGGCCCUAUUGGUUGGCACCCCAUAAUCCCUGACCGCCGACACUCAAUGCCCCAAUCUGCAACCGUCUCGUCUGAAGAUUCGUCGUCGACCUCAGCAUUGCAGACCCUGGUGACGAAUCUCCGUAAUUACGGAACAAACGGCGAGAUGAUUGAAGUUCGCGAUUCUGGCUCAGACGGCGAACUUCUAUCCGAGCUGCGUGUUCGAGUGGAGGCUAUAUCGAGCUCGCUCACACCAAUCGACGCGGGCCUCGCAAUUGCCCUCGUGUCCCUCCUUUCUGACCUCAACCGUCUCUCCGAACUGCAAGCCAGUGUUUCCCCUUUCCCAAGCCCUAGUUUAGAUGUGGAUACGUCGAGCAUUUUAGAUGCCCCUCCACCUAUCGACAUGUACGACACUCUUUCGCGACAACUCAGCGAUCUGCAGGUCGAACGCACAAACUCUUCACAAAAUCAAGUUCUUCCCGGGACAUCGCCUUUGGUAGUUGUAGAAUCUGCACUGCUUUGGUCCCGUAUCGACUCGGAGCUUGAGAACGUCCUGGCUAUGUGCAAACAGCGUACAGUGCCCUACGAACAUCUUCCGCCACAGUAUGACCUUGCUGACUACGAGGACGACUUGGAGAACCCACCUGAUUAUGAUGGACGACUGUCAUUGGAUGACCACAAAUCAAAGACGGCGCAUCCUCAACUGAUGAGCAUCUCUGAUGAUAAGAUGAGGCUGGAUCUCGAAGCUGUGACCAUGGCUAUUGAUCGACUGUAUUUAGUUGCACCUCAGCUUCAUAACCAGCGGGUAGAGUUGAAAUCGACUAAACUGGCCCAAAUGGAACGAGCACGACGAGAAGGAAAAAACAGUACAGUGUCACAACGAAAAGGAAAGGAAAAGGAUAUCAAGGAGUUGGAAGGAUUGCUGGAAUUGAUCGGGAAAGCUUCGGAGCGCACACUUAAAGAUCAGUCAGUUAUAUUGGAUGGGAAUAUGCAGGCGCGAUUGGAGAAAGCCCGCCGACGGGAGUCUGCCAAGCGUGAUGCAUUCGUUGAACAACUUGUCAGGCAUUCAGAAGCUGGCCGAAUUCACGGACAAGACGCUGUAUUACAACCUCGAAACAAAGACCCUGAAGCGCUUUUAUCGCUACCUGAGUUCAUGCGAGAACCGAUUCCUGCCUCUGCGGGCGAACGUUUAAAGGAUGCUACGGAUCUGCUGACUCUUCCUGAAUUCGUCAAAGAAGGAAUGCCAGCCUAUCUAUCGGAGCCCGAGCAGGAGCCCCAGACUGUAUCCGCAGGUGGCAAGUCCAAGGAGAAGAGGCAUCGCAGCAUUUCUGCUCCUCCUUUGUCAUGGCUCCGAUCAUCAUCUUCCCGGAAUUCAUCUGCUUCGAACACGAGCACGAGUAACAGCAGUGCUAAAGGUAAAGCAAAGGCGAUUGCUACACAAGGCUUCGACGUGGUGUAUGUAGCUGAGAACCAUGAAAACCUGAACCACACCCUCGUCUUCGCAACGAUUACAGGCGGCAAGACCGGAGCGGAAAUCCAAGCUGAAGUCCUACCUCCCUUCCUCGGCAAUGCCUCUGAUGGUAGCGAUCACCUUGUUAUCAAGUCGGGGCCGCAUUCUUCUCUUCCGCUCAUGCUUCCAGCCCAUAUCAUCCCCGGAUUGAAAGAUGUACGCGUGCAAAGCGGGCACUACGAAAUCAAGCUCAUGAACCAGGCACAUCCAGUCUCAACGACGUCCUCCUCCUCGUCACUGUUACCUACCACACCCGAACAGACGGAUGACACUCCUCCGCCGUUGUUGGACGCGACACAGCUCGCGUCAAUCAACCCGACGUCGUUCCUCUGCGCAUCUUGCUCACUGCCGUUGAUCCAAUCCUCUCGCGUCAUGCAAUACAGAGAUCUGCCGUCGGAACAUUGGGAAGAACUCGUUGAAGCUUGGAUGUGUCAUGGCGAUCAGAAGCUGAAUGAACAGGUUGCAAAGCAGGGUCGGAGGGGAUUUUGGCCGGCAAGAGGUCAAGGCCUUGUUGGAGGCAGUUAUAUCUUAUUUGAACAGGAUGCAAUGAUUGAGAACAAUCUGCAUCUCACACAAGAAUCGAGGCUUGACGAUAAUUGGAGACUCACGCGAUGCCUGUGCGGUGCCAUUGUUGGUCGUUGCCAAGCAAAGCCCACCGACGAUACAACGGGGUCUACGAGUGUGUUCCGGAUCCUCAAGUAUGCCGUUCGACCAGUUAGCCAAACCUCAGAGCCGCUCAAGAUUCCUUUAUCGGCUUUCAUCGUAGAGGACAUGAUUGAGUUUGUCCAUGCACACGCAUCUUACCGCUUUGUUAUACAAGACGAAGAGGAAGAAAAACCUCGGAUCCUUAUUUGGCUAUUCAAACCGAAAAUACGGCUAGCAUACACUACACCGGCAUCGCGUGCUAUUCCGAAGAGUGCGAAUAUCGUAGCAGCCAAGGUGCUCUACAAACUUCUCAAGCCUUCCGACCAAGUGUUGGAUAUCAAAAGUAUCUUGAACAAAUACCCUGGGUUCCCCCAAGCAGAAUUUCUCUCGUACCCCAUGCCUAUCUGUAGACGGUUAGCAGGGUUGCUUAAGGAAAGCAACACUGCAUACCCCGAGAGUCUCCGUAUGAUGACCGGUUUAGAGGUUGGCUGGCUACAACGCAUUUGA